CCCUUCGCCGACUGCUUCUGGCCUCCACCAGCUGCGGCAGUUUCUUUCCCAGCCCCUUCCCCUUCCGCCGCCGCCGCCUCCAUCUCGAGCUCUUCGGAGUCGGAGAUUGGCGCGCGCGUUGUUCUUCACUCCUCCGUUUGUCUGUCGGCGUGGGAGACCUGCGGGCCUUGGCGCCAUGUCCCGCUAUACGCGGCCUCCCAACACUUCGUUGUUCGUUAGGAACGUGGCAGAUGCCACCAGGCAGAAACCAGUGAGAGCCCCAUGCCUAGAGCCUGAGGAUUUGCGCCGUGAGUUUGGUCGGUAUGGCCCUGUAGUAGACGUAUACAUUCCGCUUGACUUCUACACAAGACGCCCAAGAGGAUUUGCUUAUAUACAGUUUGAAGAUGUUCGCGAUGCAGAAGAUGCUCUGUAUAACCUCAAUAGAAAGUGGGUAUGUGGCCGGCAAAUUGAAAUACAGUUUGCACAAGGUGAUCGCAAAACACCAGGUCAGAUGAAAUCGAAAGAACGGCGCCAGUGUUCUCCAAUGGAUUACAGAAGAUCACGAAGUCGUAGCCGAAGGAGGACACGUAGCAGAAGUUCUUCAUGGGGUUGGAGCAGGAGAUACUCUGACAGUUUUAAAGAGUCGAGGCGUAGACGACAUUCUUACAGCCAAUCUAAGUCUCGUUCAAAAUCUCUUCCAAGGCACUCCAGCUCACCAAGACGAUCUGUCACGCCCCAGAGAAAUUCUGGUUCUAGAGGAAGAUCGCGGUCAAAGUCACCUCAGAGAAGCUCAAAAUAUGCAGAAAAAUCACCAUCAAGUUCCCAUAGAAGACGGUCCAGUUCAAGAACAAAGUCACGAUCACAUCCUAAACGUUCAGGCUCACCUACCAGGUCUCUGUCUAAAUCUCCACGGAAGCAUGUUAAUUCAAGUUCUCGUUCACAUUCUAGGAGCUUCUAUCAGAGAAAUAGUAACCAGUCAGUAUCUGAAGAAGAUUAAUUUUGCUGUUUCUUUAACACAGUUAUAAUGAGCACAAAAAAAAAGGUAGAACAAAAAUUGUCCAAAGCUUAUCAGAACUGUAAGGUAAUUAUGUAUUUGUUUAAGGAAAUAUUUUACUUUCAUCUUCCUUUUGGUCCUUGCUUCACUGUUUAAGCUUUCAUUUCUGUUAUUCUCUAGAACCAAUUUGUCUGUUCUAGAUUCUCUUUCGUUUACUUAGAGCUCACUUCUAUGCUCAGUUACAGCAUUGGUUCCAUCAUGAAGCUCUUUGAAUCAAUGCAAGCUGGAGCCAUUCCUGGAACUGAUGUAGCUUUAACUGCUGCCGAAUCAAGAUGGCAGGAGGGAGACAACUAGAGCUGUUGCAGCUUAAUAGUAGUGCAAAUCAUUAGUGGUUAGAAGUUGUACCAAGGGAUUUCCCCUUGCGUUUAGUUGUAGAUAGGGCAGAGAUGUCUAGUUAUGUUUUGCUUGCAUCACACAGUACUUUUUUUUACAGUACUUUUAAAAACUAUUGCAGUACAAGCAAGCCAGUGCUGCAAGAGCUACAGUUAACAUAUGAAUAGGCUUUCACUAGUACAGACCUAGAUUGGACGAGGACACAAUUUUCUUGAUAGCAUAUUACUAGGAGGUUUUCUGGCAUUAUUUGGUGCCUGUAUUGUUUGGAUUGUGAGAGCAUCCAAAUUUGAAGGCAGACAUUAUUGUAUGUGCUUCAGGUAAUCGUGGUCUUUUAAAAAAAUUGACUGAUGUGUUUCAGCCCUAAUAGCUGUUGAGUUUACAGUGCUCUUUCUGAAUGCAAGCUGGUUUAUAAUUGUUUCAGAUUACUGAACUAUGUAGUAGUGCUUGGAAAUUCUUGCAUAACAUAGAGAUGGGGAAUUUUGCAUCUGUCUGUCAAACUUAGUUUAUUUUAAAAUAGAAAAAGAAAACUAGUAGAAGUAAAUAAAUUCUCUUACAGCCUCCAUUUUUGUGGUUCUCCAUUUCCCCAUCAAAUGAAUGGUUAAGGAAUGAGGCACUCGGACUUCCUUCCCUUCAUAGUAUGGUCCUAAGAAGAAUUGCACCUUUCUAAAUCCCCUGAUUUUAGUGGAUUUAGAAGGGUGUAACUCAGCUUAGGACCACAGUUUAAGUGAAUGGAAAACAUGGGCUGUAUUAUGUGGCUUUCUGGGUUGGAUACAGGACCAGAAAGGAGGUGGGGUGAAACAGAUUUUGGUUCCAUGCAGCAGAUAAUUAUGAAAAUAACAGGUCUUGAAUGCAUUGGACAUUUAAAAAAGAAGUGUUACAUGUCAUUUUUUGAUACUUCAUGAGUUAAAAUAUAUGAUUUUCAUGUGUGGUUGAAUGUUUUUGUAAAAGUAUGUCUUCAGCAGUUAACUUUGUAGUGUAAAAAUCUUAAUUUUAUUAUAUUCUGUAUUUUCAAAAUAUUGUAUUAGGAGACCAAGGUAGAAGAUACUUCCGUAGGCAUUUUUAACUCUGAGCCCCUGAAACUAUUGAACAGUUGCAUAUCUGAGUAUAAAAUCUUUAUUAGCUUGUUUAACGCUAGUAACAGAUGAUGUUCUUUUUUGUUUUCUUUUUUGCAUUUUACAGUGUAAUACAUUUGUACUGUAUAGCAACGUUUUGGGAAUCAUAAUUUGUGUGUUAAAUGUAUGAUAGCUGUGAUAUAUGUAACAUGGCAUAAAUACUGCAUUGUAGUGGCAGUAAAAUCACAUUUCACUUCAUGAGCAGUUACACAGUUUUAUGUUAGGAGUGGUACUACUAUUAUUUCAUAACUAAAACUAUUUUCAAUAAAACACAGUCCUGC